AUGAACACAGAGAAAUCCUCACAAACUGCUUCUAGUGAGCCAGCAGCGAUGGCCACCGCCAAUAAUAGUGCUGUGCUGCGUGAACGUAUGCGUCCAGUCCUCGAAAAUUGCCUUUUGAUCUGGCUUGAUGCCGACUUCGAUGAAUCGAAAAAUGAUUAUAAACAAUCAAUGCAACAGCUUCGAAAUAUCAUAGCAACAAUUAUAACAUUUACAGAUGCUGAUCAAUGUAUUGAUUAUCUCAGUGACAUUGAAGAUGAAAAAGUGUUGAUGAUUGUAUCUGGUUCACUGGGACAACACGUAAUACCGGAAAUUCAAGCAUGUCCACAAUUAGACUCUAUAUAUGUUUUUUGUGACAAUCAAUCAAUGCAUGAGCAAUGGGCAAGAAAAAUACCUAAGAUAAAAGGUAUUUGCACACAAAUUGAACCGAUUUGUAAAGCAUUACAAGUCGAUCAUGAACAUUGUAAUCGAUCUAUGAUCUCGAUGAGUUUUCGUGGCAUUGAUCCUUUAUUUAUGUAUACACAGUUGCUUAAAGAAGCAUUUUUGCAAAUCGAAGAUGAUGAUGCAAAAACUAUUAAAGAACUAGUUGACUAUUGUCGUAUUCACAAUGCUGCUUCUCCAACCACACUGGAAAAGCUCGAACGAGAAUAUAGUGAUCAUCCACCAAGUUGGUGGUAUACAGGUCCCUUCUUUAUUUAUUCUAUGCUCAAUCAUGCUCUUCGACUUAUGGAUGUCGAUGUUAUAAUGAAAAUGGGUUUUUUCAUUCGUCAUUUACACAAACAUAUUGAACAAUUACAUGGUGAACAACAAUCCAGCGAGACUACCAGUGCGCUAUUCACAGUCUUCCGUGGACAAGGUUUGUCCAUGGAAGUCUUCGAAAAAAUGAAACAAACAAAAGGAGGACUUAUGUCCUUCAACAACUUCCUCUCAACCAGUCGUCAACGACACAUUUCACUUCACUUUGCACGUCAGGCACUCGGAGAUAAAAAUUUCGUUGCCAUUCUUUUCGUCAUGAACAUUGAUCCAAUGGUAUGCAAAAAAUCAAACAUGCCAUACGUCGACGUGAAAGGGGUCGGUUACUACGACAAUCACGAAGAAGAAGUGCUUUUUACCACACAUACAAUUUUUCGCAUCAAUCAAAUAAAGUGCAUCGAGGACAGUGACACAGAUCAACUAUGGCAAGUUAACCUCACCCUUACGGGCAACGACGAUAACGAACUUAACACACUUACCUCACAUUUCCGCGCAAAGCACAACUGGACAACAGGAUGGAAUCAACUAGGAAGAAUUCUUAUUGAACUGGGUGAUCCUGCAAAAGCAGAACGUCUGUAUACGAUUCUCCUCGACAAGGCUUCUUCUGAUACAGAACGAAUGGAAUACAACCACAAUCUUGGCAUAGUGUAUAAUGGCAUCGGCGAAUACUCGAAAUCACUUUCAUCACACCAACGAUUACUUGAAAUCCGAAAAAUUGCUCUCCCUCCGAAUCAUCCUGACUUGGCUUCUUCCUACAACAACAUCGGUUCUGUGUAUUAUAACAUGGGCGAGUACUCCAAGGCACUUUCAUCGUACGAACAAGCACUUGAAAUCCAUAAAAUAGCUCUCCCUCUCAAUCAUCCCGACUUGGCGGCUUCCUACAACAACAUCGGUAAUGUAUAUUAUAACAUGGGCGAGUACUCAAAAGCACUUUCAUCGUACGAACAAUCACUUGAAAUCCGAAAAAUAGCUCUCCCUCUCAAUCAUCCCUCGUCGGCUGAUUCCUACAACAACAUCGGUAUGGUGUAUGAUAACAUGGGCAAGUACUCAAAAGCACUUUCAUCGUACGAACGAUCACUUGAAAUCAAAAAACUAGCUCUCCCUCCGAAUCAUCCCGACUUGGCUUCUUCCUACAACAACAUGGGUAUCGUGUAUAUAAAGAUGGGCGAGUACUCGAAAGCACUUUCAUCGUACGAACGAUCACUUGAAAUCAAGAAAAUAGCUCUCACUCCCAAUCAUCCCUCCUUGGCUACUUCCUACAACAACAUGGGUAACGUAUAUAGAAAGAUGGGCGAGUACUCGAAAGCACUUUCAUCGUACGAACGAUCACUUGAAAUCAAAAAAAUAGCACUCCCUCCGAAUCAUCCCUCGUUGGCUGAUUCCUACGGCAACAUCGGUAUAAUGUAUGAUAACAUGGGCGAGUACUCAAAAGCACUUUCAUCGUACGAACAAUCACUUGAAAUCGGAAAAAUAGCUCUCCCUUCGAAUCAUCCCUCUUUGGCUUCUUUCUACAACAACAUCGGUGCAGUGUAUUUUCACAUGGGCGAGUGCUCCAAAGCACUUUUAUCUUACGAACGAUCACUUGAAAUCCGAAAAAUAGUUCUCUCUCCGAAUCAUCCCGACUUGGCUUCUUCCUACAACAACAUUGGUACCGUGUAUAGAAAGAUGGGCGAGUACUCGAAAGCACUUUCAUAUUUUACACAAGCCCAACAAAUCUGGCAAAAAUCACUGCCUCCUACUCAUUCACAUAUUUCCCUUGUGGAAACAAACAUUGAAAUUGUGAAAAAGAAAUUGUAAUUCUUUUUCUUCGUUUUUUAAAUCACGACAAUAUACCGCGCUCUUUUUUCUUCUGUAGUGAUCAACCUGAAUGGUUUCAUUUCACCAGUAUCACGGAAUGUUGGGUCUCGCGCACGCACGACCAGGAAUACUCUCCGUAUUCUGAUGGGCAAUACACUGGACAAAGCCGGCUGAGGGUGUGGGUGUGGGUGUGAAUGUGGGUGUGUGUGAGUGUGGGUAUGUGGGUGUGUGGGUGUGGGGUGUGGGUGUGGGUGGGUGUGGGUGUGGGUGGGGUGUGGGUGUGGGUGUGGGUGGGGUGUGGGUGGGCGUGGGCGUGGGUGUGGGUGUGGGUGGGUGCGGGUGGGUGUGGGUGUGGGGUGUGGGUGGGGUGUAGGUGUGGGUGGGUGUGGGUGUGGUUGUGAGUGUGUGGGUGUGAGUGUGGAUGUGGGUGUGGGUGUGAGUGUGGGCGUCGGUGGGUGUGGGUGUGAGUGUGGAUUCAGGUGUCGGUGUGAGCUGCAAGAUGAUCGACGCCCACGCCCACACCCACACCCACACCCACACCCACACCAACACCUACACCCGCACCCACCCACACCGACACCCACCCACGCCCACAUCCACACCUACACCCCCACCCACACCAACACCCCAUCCACACCCACACCCUCACCCACACCUACACUCCACACCCACCCACACCCACACCCACACACCCAUACCCACACACCCACCCACAUCCACGCUCACGCACACCCACACCCACACCCAAAGUUUGUUAAUAAAUUAUACAGUGAUGCUACGAAAGUUCGGUGUGAUUCUUUUGGAGAACUUCACUUGAUUGGUUCAACACUAUAAAUCACUGUUAUCUGGAUUGAAAUUCUUCAGAAACAACUGAUUCUUGUGCCGAUUGA